AUGGGGCUCGCCACGCUCUUUCUCACACUCCUCGCCCGGGUCCUCAGCUUCCAUCCGCUCUUGAUCCUGAUGGCGUCCACAGACGGCGCGGUUCAAGCCUUGCAGGCAGCUUUUCCCGGAGGGCAGGUUCACAUCCGGGGCAGCGAUAAGUACGAUAAGCUGAAUGGCGCGUACCUGUCCGGCCUGGAGAGUGACCUCAAGCCUUUGCUUUUCUUUCAGCCGUCCAGCGUCACAGAAGUCGCCGCCUUCGUGUCUACCAUCCGGCCCUUUGCAGGCUUGCUCGACUGCGCCAUCCGCGGCGCGGGACAGCAGCCCCUUCCCGGCUGUGCCAAUGUCGACAACGGCAUCACUCUAGACCUGGGCCUGCUCGACGAUAUCACCCUCACCCAGGACAACUCUGUGGUCCAGAUUGGGGCUGGCGCCCGCUGGGGCGCCGUCUACCAGAAACUGGAUGCACUGGGUCUCAGUGUGACGGGAAGCCGCAGCGCCAUGGGCGGUGUGGGAGGUCUGGCCCUGGCAGGUGGCCUGUCCUUCUUCUCUAGCCGAGAGGGCUUCAUCUGUGACAACGUCGUCAAUUUCCAGGUCGUCCUCAGCUCCGGCAAGGUCAUCAACGCCAAUGCCAACGAGAACAGCGACCUCUGGGUUGCCCUCCGCGGCGGCGGCAACAACUUCGGCGUCGUCACGCGUUUCGACUUCCGCACCUUUAAGCAGGGGCUUCUUUGGGGCGGCAAUGUCUUCUACUUUGCCGACAAGUUCCCUGGCCAGAUCGAAUCUCUUGUCAACGAGCUCAAGAAGCCCAAUGCCAGCGAUCAGACGCACAUCAUGAUCAGCAUUGGGCACUCGGGCGCCAUGGCCACGGCAUUCGGUGCUCCCAUCAUGUGCCUGAACCAGGCGUACUACAACGAGCCGGUCGAGAACCCCCCGGUCCUCGACCCUUUCACCAAGAUGACGCCGCAGAUUGACGUGCUUAACAGCAUGUCUCUGAAGAACGUCACGGCUGCGGCGAGCGAGCAGACCGCGGCCGCCCAGAGCCAAGUCAGGGCGGCAUACAUCAACAUCGCGGUCAAGGCCGAUGUGGCCACGCUGCAAGCCAUCAGCGACAUCUACACGGCGGCCCUGCCUCCGCUGUACGGCGUCUCGGGCGCCACUCUCUCCCUCACGCUGCAGCCCUUCCCCGUCUCGCUGCUGGCCAAGUCGGACGCCCUCGGCGGCAACGUGCUGGGUCUGCACGCGGACGACGGCCCCAUCGUCUCGGUCCUGCUGCUCUCGUACUGGGAGAAGCGUUCCGACGACGCGGCCGUGAUCGCCUUCAUGGAGAGAACGCUGGCGCAGAUGCGCGCCGACGCGACGGCCAAGGGCACCAUCAUCCCCUACAUCUAUAUGAACUACGCCUUCACCGGACAGGACGUCAUCAACUCGUACGGGCCGGCCAACAAGGCCAAGCUGCAGGCGGCCAGCAAGAAGUACGAUCCCAUCGGGCUGUUCCAGAAGGCGUUCCCGGGCGGGUUCAAGCUGUUUGACUAA